UCCUUCCACCUCCCCAUCACCCUGGCAGCCCCCCGCUUGUCUCCCCACCCCCGCCGUCCCCCCCCAAGCACCCUUGGGUGCAGCGCGCAGCAUGGGAAGGUCUUCCCACCCUGGUGGCUGUGGCUUCCCCUCCUAAUGCCUUAAUCCGGCCCUGAUCCGCGGCGCCCCUGGGGCAGCCGGUCCCGCUGACCUUGCAGGCGCUGGCCCUGCGCAGGGACCGUGGGGCGCAGGCUGCUGCAGCUGCCCACCCAUGGCCGCCUUCUUCACGGCUGCCCUAAAGAGCUUUCGGGGGGGCAAGGAAGAGCCGCCACCCAAGGGACCCCCCAAGGACGGCAAGGCGGCCACGCUGCCCAACGGCAUGGCCCGCGAGGAGUUUGAGGAGUACCAGCGGCAGCUGCUGGAGGAGAAGAUCGAGCGGGACAAGGCCUUUGCACAGAGGAAGGCAGAGCGGGCCACCGUGCGGAUGCACCUGCGGGACAAGUACCACCUGGCCCAGGACGAGCGGGACGAUGCUCAGCUGCACGUGGCCGGUGGCGCGGUGGAGCUGCCGGAGGAGCUGGCUGCCAUGGUGCACAGCGAGGAGGAGGAGGAGGAGGAGGAUGGUGGCACCGGGACUUUCACCUUCCUGACGAAGCUGUGGGAGCUGGACCUGCCGGCGCUGCGGGACCGGGCGCUGGGCGGCGUGGAUGAGGUGAAGGAGAAGUGUGCCGUGAUGUAGCAUCGCUGCCCACCCUGCCGGCAGGUGACACUGGCAGUGUUGGGGCUCAGUCCCUGCCCCCCCACUGCCCCCCGGGAGUGAUGGGAUGUGUUACCUGGGGGUGGAGGUCCCAACACGUGCUGGGGCUGGGUUUCCCUCCCCAAAACCAUUCCCUGUGGCUUUUGAGGGCUGCGCCGGGUGGGUGCUGGGCUGCAGGAAGCCUGGGUCCCCUCCAGCUGCGCUGGCCAAGCCCCUCCCUGCCGUGCCACUGCUGUGAGCCCCCAGCCAGGGCGGGCGGUGGUCCCCCGAUGCUCCACCGGCCCCAGAACCCGGGCCCCAGGGCUGCACGCGCCGUUUGGCUCAAUAAACGUGGUGUUACCAGCACCAGCCUGGUCUUCCUGCCGUACCCCUCAUCUGCACGAGCCCUGUCCUGCGUGGGGUGGGGAGGGCACGGUGACACUGCUGCAGCGGGGGUGCCCCCCAUGUCCCUGAGCCAGCAACCGGCGCGUGGCACUCAGCCACCAGAUCCGUGCCCCCACUUCUGCCCCAGACCCCGGCCACCACCGCAGCCCAGUGUGGGAGCCAGUGGGAGCCAUGGCCCGCCUCGGGGGAGCACCAGUGGGGUUGGGGCAGCAUUUACCCCCACCUCAAGCAUCCCCCUGCCAGCACAGGCAGCGAGGGGGUCCCUUUGGCUGGGGUCCUGGUGCUCCGCUGCCUCUUGCCCCUCCGGGGACUCGCUCCUGGGUGUUCGGCAGAGGCACUGGCUUAAACACCGCUGCGCCGGAAGGCUGGGGGCUGCUGAGAUCACUAAUAACCUGCCUAUUUUAGUGAGGUCUAAUCUGCCUGAGUCGCCUGUCCCUGAGGACUAAGCUAGCUGAACCCUUGUAAAAUGUACCGCCAGCGCUGGCCCCAGCAGCACCUCCCCACCGGAGCAGGAGCCGCCGGGGAGUCACGCUGUGUUUGCAUGAAAGAAAGGACGCGCUGAGCCGCCUCCGUCCUCCCCCACGCCUGGGCCAUCUGCUCCGGAAAGGCCUGUGGGGACGAGCCUGCCCAGGCUGCCCACGGUGGCGGUGGCAGGGUGGCGAGGGGGCAGCUGAAGCCAGCACAGGUGGGUGGUGGGAGUUGGGCCGUGGAGCUCAUAGCUGUCACAAGAGCAAGAACCACAGGUCUCAGCCACCCCGGCUGCAGCACCCGGAGCUGCAGGAGCUCCAGCAGGGAGGUCCCAGGGUGUACGAGGUGCUCGGCUCCCACCCCGGCCACCCACCCUCCAGGGACCAGCCAAGGGGCUGGUGACUGCUGGAGCAUCCCAGGGCACGUCAGGAAGGCACCCGGGAGCCUCCUCGUGUUUGGUGGCUGCCAUCCCUGCCACCGCUGCCACCCCCUGCUCUCCAGCCUUUCUUCAGAACUUGCAAAAAUCUCCCAUUUGGGCACAAAAAUCCACCCGUGUUGUCUGAGCUGGGGCCACCCGUGACCCCAACAGUCCCCAGCAUGGGGCAGCAACAGCCGCGGCACCUGGCACAGCCCUGUUCCACCCCACAUCCCUGCUCCCCCCGGCGUGGGCGCUCAGCACCGCCUGCCCGCUGCUGGGAUGGUGGCACUGCGGUCCCCAACGCGCCCCAUCACAGCAGGGUCCUCCGUCCCUGCUCUGCGCAGGGCCCCUCGUGCCCCAACGGGCAGCUAGCUCCCAGUGCUCCCAGUGGGGCUGCGUGGGGGCUCCCAGCGCCAGCUGGGAUUCGGGUCAGGACCCUCCGCCAGGUCUCCUUGGCUAAUCGUCCCGCCCCCCCCUCCGCCCUCCCCACGCUGCCACCUGCCUCCCCGCUCAGCACCCUUUUGGGUCACCCCCUGCCGCCUCCCCGCCUGCCCAAGGCCUCUUAAUGAACUAAAAAAGUGAUAAAUCCCUGGCCGAGCUGGUCACGUGAGGCCGGUGGCCCCCGGCCGCCCCCCACCCCGACCCCCGCCUCCGGCCCCACCGCCCCGGUAAGCUGACGCAGCGUCUCUAAGCGUUAGCAGCUUUGCCCACUAAUAGGAUUAGGGAGGUUUAAAACUGUCAUUUGAGUGAACUAAACCCCCUGAUACUCUGCAUUGCACCCUUCUUAACCAAUUUGCCUUCAAUUAGGGUAAUUGGGAAACUAGCAAAGAAGUAUAGCAUUAAUAUUUUAAAGUGAUGAAGCCGGGCCUUGGACGAGGAAGCAAAUCAAUUUGCUAUCUGCUCCUAAAAGGCAAUUAUAAUCAUUUGGCAAAUAAGCCUGCUGGCCUCCCCCCCCCCCCCCCCCCCCCCCCCCGUGCGAGCCAACACCUUACAGCAGUCAGCGGUGCCGGUGCUGUGCACGCCGCCGGCGGGCGAUGCCACAGCUGAGCUGGGCGCCCCCCACCCCUCAAACCAGCCCUGGUGCCCCAGGAGUCCCAGCGUGGCAGCACCUCCCUGUGCCCUCCGGCGCUGGGGGCACCCCGGAGGCUGCCACCAAGGGCCACCAAGGCAGGGGACCCGGCUCCUGAGCUUGCCGCAGUGCCUGGCGAGGGUCUGAGCGCUGGCUCUGGGCGAGUGGGGGCCGCAGGUCCGGGUGCUAGUUUGCCUCCCCAGCCCCACAUGUCAUCCCUGAGCCCAGGGAUGUCCCCGAACCCCCCCGGGGAUGUCCCCAACCUCCCUGCACAUGCCUGCUGCAGGUGGGGCCCUGGCUGCGCUGUCUGGCAUGGGGGUGUCACCCCAUCCCCAGGGGCUGGGUGGUCCCCAGAGCCAUGUCACACCAUCCCUGGUGUGGGGCCAUGCUGUCCCCAGGGUGGCGGCAUGCCACCUCCAAGACAGCAUCAUGCUGUCCCCAGAGCAGUGUCAGAUGGGGUGCACGGCCCCCCCCCCCAGGAGGAAC